CCCUUCCCCCUCUCUCUGGUGACUCCGCAGACAUGGCGGCGCCCUGGACGGUCAUGCCGCUUUUUAGCCGGCUUCUGUCCCGGGUUUUGGGGCAACAAAUCCGGGUGUUGUGUACGGGAGGACCCCGGGUGAGACCGGAAGCAGACGGAGAUAUGAGGAGAGAUUCUCGGGAUCUCCUGAAGCAAUUCCCGAAGCCGAAGGAACUUCUUCACAACGCCCUGAGCCACGCCCUCCGCGGCGCCGACAUCAAAGACAAACUCACCUACAUCAACACCGGCUCCAACCAGGAUUUCAGAAGCGUCCUGCGGAUCAAGUGGCCGAAGCCCAUUGAAGUGGAAGGCUGCGGCGGGCGGAAGGCCGAUGCCGAGCGUCAUGCUGCCGCACAAGCGUGUAAAAUAUUUCAGGAUCUCGGAUUGUUGGGAUCGGGGAAAACUUUCCGACACAAGAAACUUAAAGCUCCGCCCAGUGCGCAGUCCCUGGCGGAGGAGGACGGGGGAUGGGGAGCGCAGAAGGACCGUCCAACCAGGACUGACCCCAGACACGCCCCUCUGGACGGCGCCGAGGAUUUGGCCGCCACGAACGCCCUCCAGGAUUUCCCGAACCCCAAGAACCUUCUGUCCUCCGUCAUCCAGGUGGCCACGUCCUCCAGCGGUGCCAAGGACUUCAUCUAUUACCAGCACGAGGGCGGCCGCGUGAAGACCUGCCGCCUGACCAUCAGCUGGCCGCAGCCUUUCACCUUCGUCGCUCACGGCCUGCGGCGGACGGAGGCGGAGAAGAAGGCGGCGGCCCUGGGCUGUCAGAAGCUGAAGGAUCUCGGCCUCCUGGACCCGAAUAACAAGCCGCUGACGCACGCCAUGUACCACCUCUCCGCCGUCCAGAAGCUGCGGGAGAAGCAGCGGCAGGCGAGACGCUUCCAGGUUCCCGCAGACCUGCUGAUCAGGAUGGAGAAUUACUUCCGGGAGUUCCCCUUGGAGUCGGAUUUGAAGAUGGAAUCGGAAAAUCCGGAAUCUUCCGCCUCACAGAUGGAGUCGGCAGUGGAUUGGUCGGACUGUGACACAAUCGGUGACCCCAUUACCGGCCAGCCCUACACCCCGUUAUCUGAGGAGGAAGCCGAUCAGAUCAGUCGCUCUCUGGAGGACAAAUGGCAGAGCAGCCAAGGGAAACCUCUCCAGCCGUUACCCGCCGACGACCAUAAAGCGGCCAUCUUGGCGGCCAUUGAGCGCAGCCCCGUGGUGGUGAUCGCCGGGGACACGGGAUGCGGGAAGACCACGCGGAUCCCGCGCUUCCUCCUGGAGGACGCCAUCCUCGGCGGGCGGGGGGCUCAGUGUAAUAUCCUCGUCACUCAGCCGCGGAGGAUCAGCGCCGUGUCGGUGUGUCACCGUGUGGCCCAGGAGUUGGGGCCGACCCUGCGCCGUAACGUGGGUUACCAGGUCCGGCUGGAGAACAUGCUCCCCGCCCGCGGCGGCGCGCUGCUCUUCUGCACGGUGGGCGUGCUCCUAAAGAAGCUGCAGAGUAACCCCACCAUGGAGGGGGUCAGCCACGUGGUGGUGGACGAGGUCCACGAGAGGGACGUCAGCACCGACUUCCUGCUCAUCCUGGUCAAGCAGAUGCAGAAACUCAACCCCGACGUCAAAGUGAUUCUCAUGAGCGCCACGGGCGACAACGAGCGCAUCUCCAAGUACUUCGGGGACUGUCCGGUGGUCCGGGUGCCGGGGUUCAUGUAUCCGGUGAAGCAGCAUUACCUGGAGGAUGUCCUCUCCAUGAUGAGGGUGUCUUCCUAUAAGGCCCCCGAGACCAAUGGCGAUUGUCUUCCUGAUCUGGAUCUGAUUAGCAGAGUCAUCUGUCACAUCGACCAGCAUGGAGAAGCCGGCAGCAUUUUGUGCUUCCUCCCCGGCUGGCAGGAGAUCCGAGGAGUCCAGGAGAUGCUGCAGGAGGCGCUGUCCUACCAGGAUGGGCGACAUCUGAUCUUACCAGUUCAUUCCAACAUCCCACUGAACGACCAGCAGUCCAUCUUCCAGCGCCCACCUCCCGGCGUGCGGAAAAUCGUCCUGGCCACCAACAUCGCGGAGACUUCGGUGACGAUCGAUGACAUCGUUCAUGUUGUGGAUUGCGGAAUGCAGAAGGAGCAGCGAUACGACCUCCGGACCAAGGUUUCCUGCCUGGAGACCACCUGGGUGUCCAAAUCCAACGUCAUUCAGAGACGAGGGCGAGCGGGGCGUUGCCAGCCUGGAUUUUCCUACCAUCUCUUCACCCGCCGGCAGCACCAGGAAAUGUCCGACUUCCAGGUGCCGGAGAUCCUGCGAACCCCUCUGGAGAAUCUGGUUCUUCAGGCCAAGAUACACACCCCGGAGAUGACGGCAGUGGAAUUUCUUUCACAAGCGCUGGAAUGUCCCGACCCGCCCGCCAUCAAAGACGCAGUGCGAUUGCUGCAGGAGAUCCGGGUGCUGGAUGACCAGGAGGAACUGACAUCACUGGGCCAGCAUGUGGCCAAUAUCGCCACCGACCCCAGCCUGGCCAAGGCGAUCGUCCUAUCCGCCAUAUUCCGCUGUCUGCAGCCCCUUCUCACCAUUGUGGCCUGUUUGACCAGAGACCCGUUCCUGGGAGGAAUUAUCAACCGAGCCGAGGUCAACAAGGUGAAGGCGAGAUUCAGCGGGGAGCAGUGCAGUGAUCACCUGGCCUUUGUGCGGAUUCUCCAGGGCUGGAAGGAGGUUCUCGGUCUCAGGAGUGAUUUCGACAGAAAAGAUUUUCUACAGGGCAAUGUCCUCUCGGGUUCCUCGCUGCGCUUCAUCCAAGGUCUCGUCUCGCAGUUCUCCUCCAACGCGCAUGAUGCCCACCUCGUGUCCAAUCCAAAUGAAUGUGUGAACAGCCGCGCUCUGUGCAACCAGUUUAGCGGCGAGCAUGAACUGGUGAAAGGGGUGUUGCUGGCCGGCUUGUACCCCAAUCUCAUCCAGGUCAGACGUGGGCAAGUUAUCCGCGGAAAGUUUCGGCCCAACAGCCUCUCAUACAAGACGAAGGGCGGGCCGGUACUCCUCCACAAGAGCACCGUUAAUCGGGACCAGAUGCAUUUCCCCUCUCCAUGGCUCACCUAUUUCCAGGCGGUGAAGUCUACUGGCUCGGUGUUUGUGAGGGACAGCUCCAUGGUGCACCCGCUGGCCAUUCUCCUAAUGACGGACAGCUCCAUCUCCUGUCAAGAUUACGGGCAGCAGAUGGUGGUCUUCUUGUCGGAUUCGGAUCUUUUGAAGCUGGAAAGCGACUCGCGGACGAUCCAGCUACUCGGCGCCCUGCGGCGGGCUGUGCGCAAUAUGGUGGAGAGGAACCUGAGCGACCGGCUCUCCCUUCUUCCCGCCGACGAGGAGCACCAAUACACGCAGCUCCUGUCCAUCGUGGUGGAUCUUCUGAACGGCACGGCGGAUUGUUUCCGGAAUCCUUCGGAGGCGGAGCAGUGAUGACGCCGGGAGUUGUCUGUCUGUCUGUUGAUUGGACGAACUUUUCUUUGCUUUUCAGUUGCAGAAAAAAAAGAGAGAAACCCAAAUGGCUCUGCGUUGUAUGCAGGGGGUGGGGGAGGGGGACUCGUCUGUCGCAGAACGUGGCAUUGUGUCCCCGAAGUUGUUCCGUUUCAUGUUCAGUUCUUAAUGUUCUGUUGGCAUUUCUAUCUAAUUGUUGCCUUUCGAGUUCUUAAAAUUGAGAAAAUUACUUUUUGUUAUUUAAAUUUUUUGUGUUUUCAUUGUUAUAAACUUUGUAUUUACUGCAAA